CUACGUGUAAUUCUCCGGGAAAAUGGCAGAUAGAAAAAAUAAUAACGCCUCAAACACCGGUUCAAAUCUACUGUUCAGCGCCGCGCCGGAGUUUAAUUUUAAUCUUCCUUUCAUGCCAGUGAGUCACGCCUCUGGUCCGGCCGUGUUGUCAGGAGAAGAUUCCACUGAUGUUGGAGAAGAAGACAGUUUUCUUGGUCAGAGCUCAGGAAAUGGACCAGCGUCGUCCUCCACAUUUAGCUACUUUUCCAGCCCCGUAACCACCUCUGACCCGUUCGCAUCCAUCGGCCGGCAGUCGCCAUGUCCACCAGCAGCUCUGUCUGGGGCCGCGACCACAGCUGGACCCGUUUCUGCCCCCAACAGUGUUAGCAUGGCCCCAGCGCCAGCAUCCUCAGGCGCGCAAAUGAACCCUGCUGCUGCUGCUUCAGUGUUUGGCGGCGCAGUUUACCAGAGUCCCGUUGGACGCCAGACUCCUCCCCCUACCGCAGCGACCCCACCACCUCCCCCAAUGCAGACGCAGAGUCACAACCCGUACCGACACACCCCCAUCAGCAGUAGAGCCAGUCCGUACAUUCCAGCUCCAGAGGUCCUGCCGCCGCCGUCAGCACACACUCCUCAGCAGAAUCCCUACUCUCUCAGCUCCUCGCCACAGAUGUUCCCUCCGACACCACCCACGUUUACACAGCCUCCCCACACACAUAUCCAAGGACCUCCACCUUCAGCCACCACUGCUGGAGCCAUAGUUCCUGCAGGUCCGAUGAUGCAGUACAACUACAAUGUUUAUGAGCCAGUUCAGCAUCAUUGGUUCUACUGCAAGCAAGUCGAGUCAAAGACCGUCUGGCUUCCCUUCAGUAUCAUUGAUUCUCUUCAGCUCGAGGAGACGUUCAACUCAGUUCAGCCAGACCCGGAGAGCGUGAUCAUACGGACAGACGGAGGGCGUUACGACGUGCAGCUCUAUGAUCGUGUGCGCAACUCAGUGUACUGGGAGGAGGAGCCGACGGAGGUCCGGCGCUGUUCCUGGUUCUACAAAGGAGAUUCGGAUAGUCGUUUUGUUCCAUAUUCUGAAGACUUUAGUGAAAAGCUGGAGGCCGAAUAUAAGAAAGCUGUGUCGACAAACCAGUGGCAUCGUAGACUGGAAUUCCCAUCAGGAGAAACGAUUGUCAUGCACAAUCCAAAGGUUAUAGUGCAGUUUCAGCCCUCCUCCUUACCAGACGAGUGGGGCACGACCCAGGAUGGGCAGACCAGGCCCAGGGUGGUGAAGAGAGGGAUUGAUGAUGACCACGAUGAAGUGCCAGAUGGUGAGCUCCCCAAGGUGGAUCACCUGGUGUUUAUGGUUCACGGAAUCGGCCCCGUGUGUGACUUGAGGUUCAGAAGCAUGAUCGAGUGCGUGGACGACUUUCGUAGCGUGUCACUCAAGCUGCUUCAGAGUCACUUUAAGAUGCCGCUGGACGAGGACGCUAUUAGCCGAGUGGAGUUCCUGCCCGUCCAGUGGUACUCGGCUCUGCAUGGAGAUGCCACAGGGGUGGACAGGAAGAUAAAGAGGAUCACUCUGCCAAGCACUGGACGUUUACGUCACUUUACAAACGAGACUUUGCUGGACGUGCUUUUCUACAACAGUCCCACCUACUGCCAGACCAUCAUGGACACGGUUUCUCUCGAGAUGAACCGACUUUAUGACCUUUUUACACAGAGAAACCCAGAGUUCAGGGGAGGAAUAUCAGUGUCCGGACACAGUUUAGGCUCCCUGAUUCUCUUUGAUCUGUUAUCCAAUCAGAAGACCGGCUCUCCUGCGCUGCUCAUGCCGGCCACUGCCACUGCUAACGGAGAUGCCAAACAGACAACAGCUCCUGUUGCACAGGGAAAUCACACGGUCACUCCAACAGCCGUGGAGGAGAAGGCCAAAGAAGACGAGGAGGAGUUUGAGGACCUUGAUGCUGUGCUCCAACAUCUGGGCUUGUCUGAGUACAAGAGCACCUUUGAUGAGGAGAAGAUUGACAUUGAAUCUUUUCUCAUGUGCACAAUCGAGGACCUGAAGGAGAUGGGAAUCCCGCUGGGUCCCAGGAAAAAGAUUGCCAAAUUUGUUAAAGAACGAGUGAGCAGACAGGAGAAGAAAGCAGCAGUUAAAGAGGAGAUUCAGGUCGUGGCGUCUCAACCAGCAGCUGAAAGUGUCCCCGACCCCUCGGCGAAUAAGCCCCCGGUGGGCAACACCGUCUCCUCCGUCCCCGUGGACUACAAUUACUUUGAAGUUGGUACCGGACAGAUCUCGGUGGUUUACCGCACGCUGGACUUUGAGCCCGUUAAUUUCUUCGCCUUAGGAUCUCCUAUUGGCAUGUUUCUGACCGUUCGAGGACUCGAGAAGAUUGAAGAGACGUACCAGCUGCCCACGUGCAAGGGCUUCUUCAACAUCUAUCAUCCGUUGGACCCGGUGGCGUACAGGAUCGAACCCAUGAUCGUACCGGACGUGGACUUGAAGCCGGUUCUGAUCCCACAUUACAAAGGGAGGAAGAGACUUCAUCUUGAGCUCAAAGACAGUCUCUCCAGGAUGGGCUCCGACCUGAAGCACGGCGUCAUCAGCUCCCUGAGGAACGCCUGGCAGACGCUCAACGAGUUUGCCCGGGCGCACACUUCCUCCGCGCUGCAGGCCGAGCUGGCCAUCGUGGCCAAUCAGAUAGAGGAGGAGGAGAAGCACGUGAGGGAAGAGCAAAAGAUUAGUGAGAUCCCCGAGCCGCAAAGAGAAGAGGAGCAUCAGGUGAAGAUCGGGAUGCUGAACGGCGGGAAUCGGAUCGAUUACGUUCUGCAGGAGAAGCCCAUCGAGAGUUUCAACGAGUAUCUGUUCGCCCUCCAGAGUCACCUCUGCUACUGGGAAUCUGAGGACACGGCUCUGCUUCUGCUCAAAGAGAUUUACAAGACCAAGGGGAUCCAUCCAGAGCAGACGGCUCAUUAAUGCAGAAUCUACAGGCCUGUUUGUUUGAAUCUCUCACUUUUGGUUUACUUCAUGUCAGUUCACCUAGACUUUGAUUAUACUUUUUCCCCCCCUUAUUAUUUUCAUUUUCUAUGAUGUAGGUUAUUGUAUACAAUCAUUUCUAUUCAGCCAUUUUGUCUUAAAUUAAGAAACUAGCUAAUAGACUGAAGGAUACAGGUUUGAUAUAACAUUUUUAUAGCAUAAAUUAUAAAGCUUGUCAUGUUUAUUAAAAUGUGAACCACCUGAUCAAAAGGUUAAUGGCAAAAAUGACAUAAAUAACAGUAAAUGCAGCUUUCUGUAAGUUUUAUUUCAUGGCCGAGAUUUCAGAAUAAAUCAUUACCUCUCAUGUUU